CGACCAAAGCACCUGCGUCGGGCAUCUUUGUACUAAAGCGACCCGAGCUGGGACGUGCUGUGCCUGGAAGCAGCAUCUAUCCGUGGCUAGACGGGGUCCAGUGGCAGUUCUCGUUGUCGGUGGUGCUUGCUGCCGUGUGUCCUCGACUGACAACCCGCUCUCCCAGCCUCAGGUGAUGACGAACACUGUCCCCCCACGGGUAUAAUAACCUUGGAUAUCCCCCCAUCUCCUGCCCACAGCAGGAACAGGAAUCAUACACGAUGGGUUCGCAGAUAGGGGAUCCGGAUGAAUUGACGGUUCUCGUCACGGGCUUUGGCCCCUUUAGGGAGCAGUAUCCCAUCAACCCCUCGUGGGAGAUUGCCAGCGGCCUGCCCUCCCACCUGCCGCCGCUGCGGGCAAAGAACCCAAACUCGCGGCACGUCGCCGUUGCGCUGCCCAAGGUGCGCAUCCUGGUGCACCCGGAGCCGAUCCGCGUCAACUAUCGCGUCGUGAGGGACCUGGUGCCGACGUUUUACAGCGGACAGCGGAUUGACGUGGUGAUCCACAUUGGCAUGGCGGGCCCCCGGCCGUUUUACUGCAUCGAGAGGAGGGGGCAUCGUGAUGGGUACAAGCACACUGACGUUGAUGGUGAGAGGCCUGAUGAGGAGGAGGAGCGUAAGCCUGGGAGCGAUUGGCCGUGGAGGGGGUUGCCUGAGGAGAUUGAGACGGAGUUGGACGUGGAAGAUGUGCUUGGGCGAUGGCAGGCACAUAGUUCGGAGGAUUUGGACCUUCGUAUUUCCGAGGACGCGGGGAGAUAUCUAUGCGACUUUAUCUACUACUCGAGCCUCGCCGAGCUGUGGAAGUUACAGCGGCCUAGAAAGGUGGUGUUUCUUCAUGUGCCGGCCGACGCAUCGCAUCAAAGCAUCGAGACAGGGCGAGAGUUGGCUGUGAAUCUGAUACGGUCCAUUGUUGAGAGCGAAACGGACAAGUCGCGGGAGAAGUAAGGGAGGAACAUGUCAGCAUGUAUGCAUACGGGAGUUUGUUUCUUUUUGUCUCUAUCAAUGACAUCACAAGCCGAGAUUUUCUCACUGCAAAACGUAAUUCGGCGACUUGUUAUGCA